UCGCAUCCUAUUUUCCUGGUAAGAAAGUUCGCAUUUGUCCGUUCAGAAGACAGUUUCUUUUACGAUAUUUAACGCCACCUCUUAUUCAUACUCUUCCCUGGUAACGGAGCAUCUUGUCACUUUCUGCGAUCCUGGUACUAGAGUUGAAUUUUUCCGCCGGAAUUAACCGAAACAGACAUUUAGCGCCACUUUCUUCAACUCAUAGUCAUCUAAUAUCGUGAAGUUGUCCGCUGAAUCAGUUCACCUCUUUUCUCAGCCACUCUGGUCACUUUCUGUGAUGAUCUUCUGAUUCUGGUAACAAAAAAAUAAAAUUUCCGUUACAUCGCGGCGGAUUUGUUCGCCUGACCUUUCGCCGAGGUGAGACGCGGCGCGCGUGAAAAAUGUUCGCAUCUUCUGUAUUAAUCAUUGAAAAACGAUUGAAAUUUUGCACGAAGCUCACUCGUCCUCACUUUGAGAUUUGAAUAAAAAAAAAUUUCAAAAUUACUAGAAGUUUAAUUUUUAGAUGGCUGUCAACGCGCGCAUUGCAAAAUCACGCGACACCUGGUUGGGAGAGAGUAUGGAUGAAAAUUUCACGUUUAAUAACGUUUAUCAAUGGGACUCGUUAUUAUGGGACGUUCUUCGGCUACGAGAAAUGAGAAGAUGAAUUUUAGGAUUUUAACUACUAACAGAGUAAAUAAACAAACGAACGUUGCGGUUAUUCUUUGCCAUUCGGUGAAUUCGCCGACAAGAGAAACGGUCUAACGAUGUUGUGUGUGUAUCAUAUUUUUUACCAACAAUUCUGAAUAAUAAGAUUGUGUCAUCAGUAAUUACGUGAAGGUCAUGAAAUCUUGUUCUUAUACAAAAAAAGAACUCUACAAUUUGAGAAGUGAAAGGGGACUUCAAUUAUUAUGGUGAAGUAUAACAUAUAACGUACGUGACGUAAAUUAUAGAGAUUUGGAACAAAUAUACACACACCUAAAACCCAACCUAUCCAAGUAUCCACCGAUCAAACUUCUUUAAUUCAAUUUCAGAUUAGAUAUUCUAUUUUAACUGACACGAUUGCGUGCAACAACUUCAUCAUUUAAUUUACACGCGUGAAAAAUGAAAGAAUAAUUGAUUGUUGAAUCGCGUGCCCCGUAAAAUAAUUUCCUCGUGAUUGCGAACCAAAUAUCUAUUGUUUAACGCAGCCACUGUGUCGUGUGAUUGUUGUAAGAUAAUAAUAAAAAAACAAACAUUGGUAAUGAUGUAAAAAUACUUUUGCUUAUGGGAGACGAGCGUAGGAGAGAGAUUUGAAUCACUUAUAAGCUGAAAAAUGAAUUGUAUUGGAUGUAGGUCAGUUUCUGGUGGAAAGAAAGAUCGGGCCGCACGUGAAAGAGAGGGGCGCACCUGCGUGAAUCGGUUCUCGCGACCUUCUUCGGCAUUUGCACUCGAUGACGAGACGUUCGUUCGACGCGUCCUCACGGUGUUAACAAUUUCAUCUGUCUCUCGUGUCUCUCAGCGCGCCGGAAGUGUGCGCACGUAUGAGUGCGAGCGGUUUGCCGAUCGUCGGAACGAAAAGCGAAGAGUAAAUUUUGAGAAUGUUGCUGCUCAACAAAGUAAUGAGGAAGAACUCGUCCGUGUUCGCAUCGGGCUGGACAUCGCCGACGUCGUGGAUUCGUUGCGAAAUUAAUGUCCAGCGGGAUAUGUGCAGCAAUGCUAUCGCAUCGGAAUGCACGACAUCGCAGAAUCUCUCGUCCCACGUGAAACCGUACGAUGAGGUGCCCGGACCGAAGCCGAUACCAAUUUUGGGAAACGCUUGGCGAAUGUUGCCGCUAAUCGGCCCGUAUCAGAUCUCAGACGUCGGCAAGAUCUCCCAAAUGUUUUACAACGAGUACGGCAAGAUUGUGCGAUUGGGGGGUCUGAUGGGCCGGCCUGACUUGCUCUUCGUCUAUGACGCCGACGAGAUCGAGAAGGUGUACCGACAAGAAGGUCCCACGCCUUUUCGGCCUUCCAUGCCCUGUCUGGUAUAUUAUAAGAGUGUCGUGCGGAAGGACUUCUUCGGGGACUUGCCGGGCGUCGUCGGCGUACACGGUGAGCAGUGGAAAGAAUUUCGUACACGUGUUCAAAAACCUGUUCUCCAGCCCCAGACUAUAAGAAAAUACAUAACUCCGAUUGAAGUAGUCACAAAGGAUUUCAUCAAGAGAAUUGAAGAGAUCAAAGGUGACGACGACGAAGUGCCUGGUGAUUUCGACAACGAAAUACAUAAAUGGGCUCUUGAAUGUAUAGGCCGAGUGGCACUCGACGUAAGACUGGGCUGUUUAGGCGGGUCGUUAUCGCCAAACUCGGAACCGCAGAAGAUAAUUGACGCUGCGAAAUUCGCGUUGCGAAACGUGGCCGCGCUCGAGCUCAAGGCUCCGUACUGGAGAUACUUCCCGACGCCGCUUUGGAGCCGCUACGUGCGCAACAUGAAUUACUUCAUUGAAAUAUGCAUGAAGUACAUCGACGCCGCUAUAGUCAGGCUCAAAAGUAAGAAGACCGUGAACGAGAGCGACUUGUCGCUUGUGGAACGAAUCUUGGCCAAAGAAACGGAUCCCAAGAUGGCUUACAUUUUUGCUCUCGAUUUGAUACUGGUCGGCAUUGAUACGAUAUCAAUGGCAGUGUGCUCAAUAUUAUAUCAAUUAGCGACGAGACCGGAGGAGCAGGAAAAGAUUCAUCAGGAGCUGUUGCAGAUCUUGCCCGAUCCUUCCGUUCCGCUCACGACGAGUCAUCUGGAUCGAGCGGUGUACAUGAAGGCAUUUAUUCGCGAAGUGUUCAGAGUUUAUUCCACCGUAAUUGGAAAUGGCAGGACUUUGCAAAACGACACUGUCAUAUGCGGCUACAAAAUACCAAAAGGAGUGCAAGUUGUGUUUCCUACUUUGGUCACCGGUAACUUAGAAGAAUACAUUGCGGACGCGAAGACGUUCAAACCCGCGAGAUGGCUGAAGGACAAUGAAAACGAGAAGCUGCAUCCGUUCGCUUCUCUACCGUACGGUUACGGAGCGCGAAUGUGUCUGGGAAGAAGGUUCGCGGAUCUCGAAAUGCAGGUGUUGCUCGCAAAGCUACUGAGGUCGUACAAGCUGGAAUAUCAUCACAACCCAUUGAACUACAAGGUCACGUUUAUGUACGCGCCAGAUGGAGAACUCAGAUUCAAAGUAAUAAAGAGAUAGCUCCUAUUCGUGAGCACCGUUAGCCCGUAAGUGUGUCAUAUUUGUAUUGCAAAGAUUUGUAUUUAUACGAAGUGUGUGUACUUGUACAAUACAUUUAACCUUUAGAGUACAAAGCGUUACGCAGCUGAACUUUCUGCUUGAGUUGUGCGAAACAUAAAGAAACGCAACUUAAAUUUUUUUAUUUUCUGACUCUGCGUCCCCAAUAUUACACUUCAAUUGGAUUAAAUUAAGGUAUAUUUAAUUCUUCUUAAAUGUAACAAAUAAGAGUAAGCGGUAGUUUUUGUUGAUAUAUUCGCUCACGGUACUCUAAGGAUUAAAACAAUAAGUAAAAGAUGUUAAAUUUACUCUAAAUAUAGUGUAUCCUGCUCAA